GCGUGGCGCAGCGGAGGCCUUGGGAGCAGUUAGACCCGCUAGUCUUUGGUCCAGGGACGGACGGUUGUGUCAGCUGUUCACGAUCCACAGGUGUCCUUAAAGCAGUAAUGAGUAGCAAUGAAUGCUUCAAAUGUGGGCGCUCUGGCCAUUGGGCUCGGGAGUGCCCUACUGGAGGAGGUCGUGGCCGUGCAAUGAGGAGCCGUGGUAGAGUUGGAUUUACUUCUGCAAGAGGUUUCCAAUUUCUUUCUUCAUCUCUUCCAGACACCUGUUACCGAUGUGGUGAGUCUGGUCAUCUUGCAAAGGAUUGUGAUCUUCAGGAAGAUGAAGCCUGCUAUAACUGUGGUAGAGGUGGCCACAUUGCCAAGGACUGCAAAGAGCCCAAAAGAGAGAGAGAGCAGUGCUGCUACAACUGUGGCAAGCCUGGCCACCUGGCUCGUGACUGUGACCAUGCUGAUGAGCAGAAGUGCUAUUCAUGUGGAGAGUUUGGACACAUCCAGAAAGAUUGCACCAAAGUCAAAUGCUAUAGGUGUGGUGAAACUGGUCAUGUAGCCAUCAACUGCAGCAAGACAAGUGAAGUUAACUGUUAUCGCUGUGGCGAGUCAGGGCAUCUUGCCCGGGAAUGUACUAUUGAGGCUACAGCUUAAUUAUUUUCAUGUUCAGCUUCUCCUUCUGAUUGGUGGUUAUAUCUUAAUUGUAUCGUAAUUGUCGAAAAGAUGCUAUUCUUUUGUCAAAGGGUUUUUACCUACCAUGUAAACAUAAAGGGGUGGAAAAUUCAACAUUUUGUCUUUUAACUGCAAAAAGAUACAUGUUUUAGUGGUAAGAAAUGUUAUGGAUUUUUUUAAAUUAAAGAAACUACCCCUUCUCUAAGUCAUUGUUAAAAGAAAUGAAUGGGAAAAUAGACUCAGGCUAAUAUAGUAUUUGUAAUGCCUUGAAUGUGAGCCCAUUCAGAAGGGAAAAACCUAUUCUGGAAGUGCUAGAACUUCCAAAUAAGUUUGGAUAAUUAUGGCUUUUUAAAAAGUAUAGUAUUUGUUAAGCUCAUACUAAACACAGAGAAGCAGUAUGGCGAAGUGGAGAAAGCAUGGGCC